UUUUAACUCCAACGUCUUGAGAAUGUUCCGUGAUGAGGAAGAAUAUUCGUGUGUCUUCACUCCCCCCUAAUCGUGCGGUGGGCCCGAGAGACUGCCGUCUCUGCAUCAGGCGGCGCAUCCGAUGCGACCGAACCAGCCCAAAAUGCCAGAAGUGCAUCGUUCGAGGGCUAUCCUGCCCAGGGUUCGAUCCAGUUCAACUCCGAUGGGGGAAGGGAAAACAAUAUAAACAGUCCGAAAACGACAGUAAUGAGGCUAGCAAAGAGAGAAACGCGAACCAUGCACUGACUGCGCAACACCAUCUUAGCAAUCAAUUUGCAUCGGCCAGCUUUAUAGACAACCUACUGCGCCAUUUUCACUUGGAAGUGGUUUCGCAAUUGACCUGGCUAGAUCGUUCAGAUCAUCCGUGGCGGAAAGUCGUCCUUCCUUUAGCUCAGGACUCUCUGUGUCUUCGACUCUCAAUUCUUAGCCUCUCUGCAGCUCACAAGUCGGUCAAAUCUGCGAACAGCUUUAUACUACAAGCGAAUAGGUUUCUUCACUAUGCGACAUUGCGAGCCUUGAACCGCGAGCUAGGCCGUGAGCUAGAGCUCAUUGAGCCCAGCUCGGACGGUUCUUCAUUGUCGACCAUCCUAGCCACGGCUCUUGUUCUCUGUUACGGAGAGAUGCUUACUCCACGUUCCACGAACUGGGGGAUCCAUUUAAAUGCGUGUCGCACGAUAAUCGAUAGAUAUCGCCUUCAGGGACCGCGUGAACCAGAGGCCGAGGUGCGCCAAUUUCUCAUUAAGGAGGUAAUAGACGUCACCAUACUGAGCAGCAUGACUUCAUUCACUCGAUGGCAAAGUCCUAAAAAUGUAGCAUCUGCUGCACCGUCCACGGUACAGAAUCACUUCUGGACAUUCACGGAUAUCAUCAGCGAGGCAACUGCGGUCGAGCGACAUCGGCACAAGCUGAUAUCAGAAGGCCGAGAGGCGCCAGACGUAGACAUCGGUAUGUGGAGAGACAAGCUUGAUCAGGCUUCACUUCUUGUUUCCACCAGCGCCAGCUGCGUCUUCGAUGAUGAGACGGCGCGCCAUCGGUUCGACGCUGUCAUCCGAGCACACUAUUACGCCUGCUAUAUCUAUAUCCACCAGGCAUUGGCGCCCCCUGCAGACAAAACGUCUCAACAGAUUACCUAUUUUGUCCGUCUUCUGUUCUAUGAAAUACGUGCGAUCACUGCUGACUCCCCCCACUCAUUUGCCCAUGCCCUUUUCUUUCCGUUGUUUAUUGCCGGCACGGAAUGCAGCGUCGAUACAUUACAGCAGACUCUCAUCAACACUAUAUACAAAGAAUUCAUGUCUAUAACCGGGCUGUGGUGCAAUUACAGCGGACUUCAGUUUCUAUAUGCGUUUUGGGCAAGACCCGAUGCUUCGAGGGGGACAAACUGGGUACGCUACGCGAGAGAGCAUGAGGACCAGCUUGGUCCCUUUCUUGUUUUCUGAACCUAAUCUACAUUUCUCUCUCACGUCCCUCCCUAGGGCCUAGCCCCGGGUCCCCAAAAAUACGAUCUCGUGAUUGUUAUGGUGAUGCCGUGCUUUUGUUGUUUUUGUAAGUGCCUUCAUGCAGCUGACCAUGGCUGAGGCUCCUUUCUCGUGAGUACAUGCUUAUCAUCCCGGUGAACUUCCUGCUGUUUACCUUCCACCCUUCUCGGUUUAGCCGAAAGCUUGCUGUCGAAGUAGUGAUCGGUUUCCCGUUUACAGUCUUCCCUGAUCGCCUCUAUAGAGGAUACGAAUAGAGAUGACGAGGACAUAGGCCAGCGGGCUACGGGCUAGCUCGAUACAGACAUCCGAAAUGCCGUGUAAGCCUGUUAGCCGUUAGGUCAUGGUUGGAGAGAAUCUUGGCUUAUCGGGGACGUCAUUGUGGAAUUAUGUGUUUAAGUCGGCUGGGACCUGUUCUGUGAACUUGCGGGUGGCCAUGUUUUUUAUGAAGAUGCCCCCGGUCUGUGCUUAAUGUUGCGAUGUGAGUCGCUAAAUUCUAAAGUAUGAAUGGCAAGGUUCACUUGAUUUACCUAGUUAAA